UUCUGUUAUGAGUUGCUAAAAUCAUGGUGAAAUGCUGUUCAGCCAUUGGAUGUGCGUCCCGCUGUUUGCCAAAUUCCAAAUUAAAAGGAUUGACAUUUCACGUAUUCCCCACAGAUGAAAACAUAAAAAGAAAAUGGGUAUUGGCAAUGAAAAGACUUGAUGUGAAUGCUGCAGGUAUUUGGGAGCCUAAAAAAGGAGAUGUGCUGUGUUCCAGGCACUUUAAGAAGACAGAUUUUGAUAGAAGUGCUCCAAAUAUUAAACUCAAACCUGGAGUUGUACCUUCUAUCUUUGAUUCCCCAUCUCAUUUACAGGGGAAAAGAGAAAAGCUUCAUUGUAAGAAAAGCUUCACCCUCAAAGCACUUCCAGUCACAGACCACCAUCACCAGCUUGUUGGUGCGUCCUCAUGGAUUGAAGAAUUCCAAUCUCAGUUCACAUUUGAACAUAGCUACAGUGUAAUGGACAGCCCAAAGAAACUUAAGCAUAAACUAGAUCAUGUGAUCAGCGAGCUAGAGGAUGCCAAGGAAAGUCUGCGUAAUGUUUUAGACCGAGAGAAACAAUUCCAAAAAUCAUUGAGGAAGACAAUCAGGGAAUUAAAGGAUGAAUGUCUCAUCAGUCAAGACACAGCAAAUAGACUGGAAACUUUCUGUUGGGAAUGUUGUCAGGAGAAUGUAGAACAAGACUAUAUUUCAUGA